GCUUCCGCUCCCGCUUGUCCUGCAGCUGCUUCUUCUUCUGCUUCACGCUGAAGGGCUUCUUCCUCGGCAUGGCCCCGGAGCCCCGGCCCGCCCUCCGCCGAGCUCCCCGCCGCCGCAACUGACUCCCCGGGGCAGCCCCCGCCGGCGGCCCGGGGCCCUGGGGAGGCGGGGCCGCGGUGACGUCAGCAGCGAGCGGCGGGGAGCGGGGAGCGGGGCGGCGGGGAUGCAAGCGGCGGCACGUGAGAGUCCGCGGGUCCGGGAUGCACGGUGCGGCGAGCGGGAGACGCGCGUGGGAGGCCCGAGCCGACUCCGUCACGGGCGCUACCAAGUGGCAGUCGCGGGAGGGGGGACGCGUGUCACCGCCGCCCGGCGCUCCCGGGAGCUGCCACUCACCUGGCGGGGGCCGGGCGACGGGGCGAGGACACGCCCCACCGCGCGGCCGCCUGGAGAGGAUGGCCCCUGGCGGGAGAGCCGGGACUGCGCUGGCUGCCCGGUGGACUGGCUGCCCCGUGGACUGGCCUGCGGCAACAGGACUCGCCAUUGCCGCAGCCGCUAUGCCGAAACGAAAGAAGCAGGACCAGCCGCCGCCGCUGCCGCAGCAGCAGCAACAUCUCGCACUGUCUGAGCGGGACGAGCCUGGAGAUGAGGAGGAUGAGCGCCCCAUGGGUCAACCUUCUGUGAACUACUCCCCCGAGGGAAGGAGAGGAGAAAAAAACUAUGAUGGGCCAACAGUUAAGGACCACCCAGCCUUCUGGGCCCUCCCCCCAUGGCUAACGGGAAGCCUGGUGAUCCCAAGUCAGCUUUCCACAGGGGUCCUCCAGGAUCAAGGGGACGGAUGAUUCCCCCACUGCUGAGUCUCCCGCCUCCUCCCCGGGGUAGAGGCUACAUUCGGGGAGGCCUCGGUCCUCGAUCUAGCCCGUAUGGUCGUGGUUGGUGGGGUAUCAAUGCCGAACCUCCUUUUCCUGGGCCAGGCCAUGGGGGUCCCUCUAGGGAAAGCUUUUACAAAGAGGCGAGAAACCCACGAAGGCUCAGAAGCUGGUCUCUUGUCAAGAAUACCUACCCACCCAAGGACAGCCCCCAGAUGAUGGAAGACAAGUCUGACCGCCCUGUCUGCCGACACUUUUCUAAGAAGGGCCACUGUCGAUAUGAAGACCAUUGUGCCUUCUACCAUCCAGGCGUCAACGGACCUCCUCUGUGAGACUGUGCCUUCCCACCCAGGCUGGAAGGAGCCCUCUGACCUAGUGGCCAUGCACUCUCUGUGGCUCCAUCUUAGCUACUUGAAGGCUCUUCUGUCACCUUCAAGCACUGACACAUCCACCCCUUUCAUCAUCUCUCCUAUUUGAGGUCCAGAGCUGUGAUUGUCACUAGUGCACAGUGCACACUGUCUUCUGAUCCAGGCUGUAGAGACCUUCGGGACCCCAUCUUGCUACUUUUCCACUGCCUCCUGGAUCUUCCCCUCUGCCAAAAGACUGCUCAACAGGAAACCUUUGGUGCUGUUUCUUGUGCAUUUGUCCACCUGUCCCUCGGUAUUGCCCUCAGUUCCCAAGAGCCCUGGAGCAGUCUCUUAUCCUCUAGCUGCUUGUUUUAAGUCCUUUCACGUAAAACCCCAGUGUUUGCAGCUGCCAGGAAGUGCACCAGGUUGUCUGGCCUUGAGGUCGAGUUUGAGUGACUGGUAUAGACUUGCUCCUUGAACGGCCUCUACCUGCUUUUGGACGUCCUAGUUUCUGUCCGUAGCAUGAACCCCACCGCUAAGGCCUGUGGUCACUGUGCUUUGUGAAACUGUACGCCCUUUGUAGCCUUCCUCGGUGUCCGUGGCGGUUUUUUUUUGUGUGUGUGUGUGUGUGACUUCCCAACACUAGAGUAAGUUUUUCUGCCAAAUCAAGUGAGGCUCUUGGUGCCCUCUGGAGUUCACCUACCUCCCAACAUGGGAGGACGUGAGACUUCUUCAGACUGCCUCCCCAUCGUGCCCUCUCCUGGUGUCGGGCAUUCUGGGUCUGACUGGCCAGUGGUGUCUUGGAAAGCCUCAGGCGGGCCUCCCCAAACAGCUCCUGCCUGGCCCGUUUUAGUUCGGCUCUGUCAUUGUGAGGCCACCGACCCUUUGGUUUGACUUUGUGAAACUCCACCUGUCUUUGGAUGGAACCUGAACAGUGCUGUCAUCUCUGACCCUCUUCCUUCCCCGGCACUGCGUGUUUUCUGUGAAAACAGCAGUGAACAUGGUGGGUUUUGAACAGGCCCUACGGAAGUGGGUCAGGAGGUGUGCACACAAGAGGAGAGAGAGCUGUUGGAGAACUAAGAAUGAUUUUUUUUUCUUUUUAACUUUUUUUUAUAUUAGUAAUAAACACAGUGGAAACCGG